AUGGAUCGAGGAAAGCAUCAAUCUCACAGGAAGCCCCGUCAGACACAUGAUCCGCAUCAAGAGAACCGCACUCCAGAAAUCGUUGGAACAUGGAGCUUGCGAAAUCGGGAACAACUCAAAAAAAGAAAAGCUGAAGUACAAGAAAAACAGACUUCACAGUGGCUAUUUGGAGAACAGAAGAAAGGCAAGCGGCAGAGAACAGAAAAAGAAAAUGAAAGAGAUAGAAAAAGACAACGAGCGACAAAGCUAAAGAUGAAGCCUGAGCCACAAGUAGAAAAAGAAAGGAUGGUGAAAGCACUGACUUCUACAAAGCAAGAAACGGAUCCUCCUGGGUGUGUAACCAAAGCCUUCACUCCUGGAGCCACUCAAGAAAAAGCAGUGGCUAAGGAAUGCAUACCUGAAAUAUGUCAAGACAACAUUAUACAUCAAGAAAAUUGUUCUGAGUACCAAGAAAUAGGGGCACAAAGUCACCCUUCUGAAGCAUGCCAAAAUAUGGCAGAACCUGAAGAUCUCUCUCCUAAAAUGUGCCAAAAAAUAGCGGUACUUCAAGAACAUCCUUCCAGAAUCUACCAAGAUAUGGCAGAACCUGAAGACAUCUCUCCUAAAAUGGGCCAAGAAGUAGUGGUACUUCAAGACCAUCCUUCCAGAAUGUAUGAAGAUAUGAUUGAACCUGAAGACCUUUCUUCUAAAACAUGCCAAGGAACAGCUGUGCCUAUAGCCAUUCCUUCUAAAACAUCUGAAAAUACAGCUGGCCUGGAAGGAUGCUCUCCUGAAAUAUACCCUAAACCAGAUGUGCCUAAAGACUACCCUCUUGAAACAGACAAAAAACCAGUGGAACCCAAAGAAUGGAAUUCUGAACCAGACCAAGGAACAGCUGAGACUAAAAGUGUGUUUCCUAAAACACACGCUAUUGCCAUGCCUAAAGACCUUUCUACAAAAACAUGCCAAGAAACAAAGGAACCUGAAUACUUCUCUCAUAAAACAUACCAAGAAAUGAUUGUGCCUAAAGUCACCUCUCCUAAAAUGAUCCAAAAAACAUCCGAGCCUGAAGAAUAUUCUCCUGAAAUACACCAAGAAACACCUGAGCCUGAAGAAUAUUCACCUGAAGUAUACCAAGAAACAGCUAGAGCUGAAGAACAUUUACCUGAAAUGUAUCAAGAAACAUCUGGGCCUGAAGACCUCUCUACUAAGACAUGUACAAAUAAAGACGGGCCUAAAGAAUGCUUCCUAGUACCAUACCAGGAAACAGGUGAACCUGAAGGCCAGGAUCUUAGAGCACACCAGGAAGAUGCUAAGGAGGUUUACACUUUUCCUCCAGAAAUGAAAGAAAAACCCAAAGCAGAAGAACCAGAAAUACCAGCAAAUCUGAACAGUCCUCCAAAAGGUCGUCCUGAGAAAGACAUCAUCUAUAGCUAUGUUUUAUAUUAA